CAGAUGAGUCACCCACUGUUUUGUAUCUAUGUUCCAAAUUCCAAGGCACGGGCUUCGAGUAGUUCGUGUUUUGUGUCUGUAAGUCAUUCGCUGAAACAUUAAGAAGGUUUUCAGUGAAUAUUUUCGCGGUCUAGGGUGUUGUGGGUUGUCCCCAAGCCCCACCCAUAAAAGUGUUCGUUUCCGGGGUCAUUUCGAAUCCCGGCAUGGCGGAAGGAAGGUGAACAUGGUGAACGGCUAGCGGCGAGCGAUCACACCAAGUCCGGGAGAGCGACAAAAAAAAUACCUCAACGCUUCGCCGAGGGCCCGUAGUUAGCGCCGAUGGGCCGGGAAGAUGGUUAGGCACAGGACUAGUAGAAUGAGAGUGAAACUGCGGGCGCUCUUCGCGGCGCUGAUGCUGUUUUCCGUGCUGUGCUCGGUGAUGUACUAUAUCUAUGCGGCCCCCGGUGCAGCUAACACCCUGUGGUUCACGUACCUUGCCUUCAACAAGGACAUAGCAGAGAAGAUAGUGAGCUGGAAGGAUGCGUUAGUGCCUGACAGAAUAGUCAUCCCACCUGAACAAUGGGAACUCAUGCAGAAAAAUAACAUCUCCUAUGAGAAUCUACUCGAAGAGUACAAAAGAAACCUGUCCAGGUGGAAUGAAGUGAGCACCACGUUCGCACCCCCGAAUCUGGUGCUGAAUGCGAAUGAGCUCUGUCCAGAGAGAUUACCCUCAAUGACGGGAGAGAUAGAGGUGAACAUGACUGAGGUGAACUUGACCACAGUGAUGAAUGAAAUUCUCCUGGACGGUCCCAUCAAACCAGGGGGGCACUGGGCACCAACAGACUGUAAAGCAAAAUACAAGGUUGCAAUCUUAGUCCCUUACCGGAACAGGGAGGAGCACAUCCCCAUCCUGUAUCGCCAUCUCAUUCCAAUGCUGCGCAGACAGAAACUCGAGUUUGGCUUCUACUUCAUAGAGCAAGCUGGGACCAACCCCUUCAACAGAGCAAUGCUUUUUAACGUCGGCUUCAAGGAGGCCAUGAAGCGCUAUCCCUGGGACUGUUUCGUCUUCCAAGACGUAGACCACAUUCCUGAGAACAAUAGAAACUACUAUGGCUGUGGACAGAUGCCCAGACACUUCGCAGUCAAGCUGGACAAGUACAUGUACAGACUACCUUAUGACGAGUUCUUCGGAGGCGUGAGCGGACUGACCACAGAGCAGUUCAAGAAAAUUAACGGCUUCCCCAAUGCAUUCUGGGGCUGGGGCGGGGAGGACGAUGACCUCUGGGCCAGAGUUGCGAAUGCUGGUUACGAGGUGUCCAGACCACCAGGCGAUGUAGGGAAGUACAAGUCCAUCCCUCAUCAUCAUAGAGGGGAGGCCCAGUUCCUGGGAAGGUGGGGCCUUCUGAAGCAGUCGAAGACGCGGAACUUCUUAGACGGGCUGAACAACAUCGUGUACGAGCCCCUCAUCACGGUUCACCCGCUGUACGUCAACAUCACCGUGGACCUACAACCCAUGGAGGUGGACUAUCCCGAGGAGAGCUAGCACAGGGGGGAGGGGGGCACUCCGAGAUAGAGGUUGUACUACUCCGUAAAUAACCCCCUGGGCCCUCUGUGCAUCGUCCCCAGGCCUGGUCAGCAAGAAGGGCGCAUGACGAAAAUUUGAUGAAACAUUUUUUGAUGCCCUUUUGAUACCUCACAGAUGUAAGAGUGGUUGUAUGUGCAAGCCGGUGUUGAAAUACUGUGAAAUGUUGUUAAGUAAGUUAUCUCUCUCUCUGAGUGUAAUCGUAGCCAAAUGUAUGAGUCGACCAAGGCCUUAUUAAAGGGGGUUGCACACAGGACCUUGGGAAACCAAAGUGAGUCAGUGUAAAACUAGAAGCAGGCUGCUAUAAGUUAAAACUGCAGUAAAAUUAUAUCUGCCAGACACCAAGAAAUGCCUGAACACGUCAAGCCAGGCUUGCACCUACAAGGGUAGUCCUACAGUCCGGCCCAGUCCUGGACAACUUUCAAAGGUGGUCCAACCUCGAAACUUCUCCCAAUAUUCCUGCCAUGUUAGGUGUUAAGUGUCCCACAGUAUUUUUUACAGCUUGGUUGAUAUUGCAGGCAGCCCAACUUCAACGGUUGCCAGCCUCACUAAAAUUUGACCUGAACAAAAUGUGCACUGUACAGAAGUUGUCCACUCAAUCAAUCAAUUCCGCGUUUGUUGUUCCCACAUACAUGUACAUUUGUAGUUUAAAGGUGCAACUGUACGGUGAGAAGAUGCAGUUGUCUAGAAGUGAAUCCGUUUAUUUCACGCUUCUCAUCUGGAGGUUGAGAAUGAUUCAGGUAGUCAGGUACACGUUAGUAUAUGCCAAACUCAAUUUGGUAGUUCAAAGCUGAAGCUUGCUGGGCAUCUGAACAAGUCAUCCGAAAACAGCAACACGAGGAAUAAUAAGAAGCAAUUAUUGGUCUCUAAUCAGAGGCAGGGUCUGACUGAAGUGUUUUUGAGGCUUUUUGUACGUCUUUCUAGGAGAGAGUAUUCGGAAAAUGCAGACCCAAAGUAAAACUUACAACGAGCCUCAAAAACAGGCACAAAACCGUGCAGAGCCCAGCCUGAGUGCCAUCCAAUUUGCUAUAGGCUCCCUAUAUACUCAUUGGCCAUAGCAAAUCAGUUGGCACCCAGGCUACAAAAGCUGGACACUACUUGGAGAUUCGCAAUGUUAGGCCAGUUCAGUACUUUUGCGCUUGAGUACUUUCUUUUUUUUUUAAACACUUAUUAAGUGUAACCUAAUGUUUGUAUAUUGUUUGAUAUACAUGUAUGCGGCUGGGGACGUUUCCUUUAACUGAUGCGUUGUUGAAAGUCAAAUCAAAGAGUGCGAAAAAACAUAUGAUCUUCUCUGGCAGCUGAUGCGAUCAUGAUCAGUUAGGUUAAACGCCGCUUUUUUCGUCAGGUUACGUUACGGGAUCAGAGUUGUGUAAAUAUUCUUUAUUCAGAUGUGAUGGUAUACCUAUACCUUGUUUACUAUUGCGUAUAUCAGUUAAGUUGAUAAGAGGAGUGUGUAAAGAGUACUUGAAUGUAUUUUUUAUUCAGGAUAUACACGUAUGUGCUAGUCCGGAUGGCCCUGAAUUGUCAAACUCUGAAAACAUAAGGUACAGUUGUCAGAAUAGAUUUGCUGAUGAGGAAUUUCAUCUACAACACAAGUAAAAGCAGUAUGGUCCGAUUGGCAAAACCUUGCCUGAUUGAAAUGAUCAACCCAAUGCAGUUGUUGUACAAAAACACUAUCUGGUAUACCAGGUGUAGAUAUGAGGCCAUCGGAGUUUGACAUUCAGUGUCCAAUAGGCAUAUCACAAAUCUUGAUGGGCAGACAUACUGUAUAUCUUUUAUCAUGUAUUUUAUGUAUCUGCCAAAAACUUUUGUCUUUGAAAGAAAGAAAUUUUUCUAAGUUGGUAUGUUUCAAGCAAAGAGGCCUACUUAAUGAUUGUGUUACAUUUGUGCUUAAAAUUGCUUUAUACUUGAAACUUUAUACUUACAAAAGCGCCAUGGCUGAAACUUCAAGCAAAAGGGUGGACAGUGGUGUAUCAGGAGAAAAUGUAUUGUUUGAGAUCUGUCUUGGAGUUGUUUUGCAGCCUCAAAGGCUAGUAUUAAUUUCUGAUGGUGCUUUUUUUUUGUGUACAAACUUCCCUGGCCUGUCUUUAUAGCUUAUCUGUUAGAGUGAAGUUCUGUCUGAUGCUUAACUUGUUGCUGAUUUUUGUUUAUUAACCUGUACCUUAACUUCCAACUCAUGUAUCAUGUCACCAAUAAUCAUUGUUGAUCGUAAAUUAAACAGAAUAUUAUGGAGCACCACUGUACUUUGUAGGUAGAGCCAAAGAAAUUCCUCUUUUUCAACUCCACUCGGUAAAUUUUACUACUAGUAACUACAGUGCUUUUUCAAAUUUUGUACCUUGACAAACUUAAGCAGGCCGCCAUCAGCAAAUAGGUAGAUACAGUGGUUGGAGACAGGCUUAGUUUGUGUUGUUGCUCGCACUAUAAUCAUGACAUGCUUUACUGCACUUGAAAAUUUCUUCAAAUGCUUUUAAAAAGUUACUACCCCGUGUAUUUGUGAUGAACUCACUGACAACUGUAACAUGAUACAGGUAUCAAAUCAUGUAAUUAGCGACCAAC